CCAGUCCUCGGCAAACUGUUGGAGUGUCUCCAUGUCUUUCGUCGUCGCUGUCUUGACGCUCAGGUCGCCGCUCUUGAGUUGAUUGGCGGACACGGUCUUGAGCUUGCGGAUAUGCUCGUUACUGCUUUGUUCGAUGGCGCAAUUUACUCUUAGCGCUGGUCCGGGACUGGCUACAGCGACAGGACGUGAGCCCGUGGCUCAUGGUUCUCGAUAAUGCAGAUGACGUUGAUAUGCUAUUCUCCAAGGACAAUAAUGAAAUGCUAGUAGCAUCGUAUCUGCCCAAAGCAAACAACAGCAAGAUCCUGUUUACGUCGCGCAGCUGGGAUACUGCGGAGAAGUUGACGGGUAGCGGCAAGAUGAUUUUUAGAGUCCCGACUAUGGAGGAACCGCAGGCACUGCAGCUCCUCCAAAAGAAGAUUGGUCGAGAUGUCGACGAGACUGCCGCAUUACGCCUGAUCGGCACUCUCGAUUAUAUCCCGCUCGCUGUCAACCAAGCAGCAGCGUACAUCUACAGACAAAGUCCGCGAGUGACCGUUGAGUCAUAUUUGGAGGAAUUCCACAACAGUGAAAAGCGAAAGGGCACCCUCCUUUGCAGCGAUGGAGGGGAUAUCCGACGAUACGAUGGGGUGUCCAACUAUGUCAUUGUGACGUGACAGAUGACGUUUGAGCAGAUCAAAC